GUAGUAUGUUUAACGAAUAUGAAUCUUUAAAAAAAACGAUACAAUUUUCAGAGUAUUAGAUGGCUGAAUGUGAAGCUGUGAAACUUAAGCCGAGCGUGCACCAGUCGAUCACCAUGGAAUUUUGAGAUCGCGAUACCAGCGAAACCCUUGACCUACUUUAUAAUUCCGUCAAGCGAAUUCGACUUUGGGAUCUUGCCUUCUGUCUGGUCCCCCACUAAUCCCUGAUCCUACCCUUGUAAUUCCAGACCAGCUUUGAUCAUUAAACUUGUUGAUAUCAAGUCGCUUAGGAUAAUCUAAGAAACCCCGCAAGACUUACAGGGAGGAGGAGGAGGAAGAAUCACCAAGGAGGAGUGAGACCCACUCCACACCCACCAAGAUGCCUUUCUUCAAGAAAAAACCUACAGAACCAAAACAAAACAAAGAUGUCUGGGAGGUGGAGGUGAUGAUGCACAAACAGAGUGAUGAAGCUAGAAAGCGAAUGGAGCACUGCCAGUUCUUGGCUCAAGCUUCCCCGGAACCUGACUAUGAUUUAUCAAAAUGUGAACUUACAGAGGUGCCAGCAGGGACAUAUUCUCAGUGCAAGGUGUUUAGAAAAGAGGUUUUGAUCAUGAGUGAUAAUCUACUUUCUUCAUUGAAUGGCGGAGGCAACAUCAAGGAUCUAUCAUUACUCAGGGUUCUUGAUUUGAGGAACAACCGAUUCCCACAGUUACCCGAUGGACUAACUGAGCUAGGACAACUACAAGUCCUGGAUGUCACUGACAAUAAACUCAAACAGCUACCAAAGAAUAUUGGCAAGCUACAGGCGCUACAGACACUUAACGCAAGAGGUAAUUCUUUGAAGGAGCUUCCGGAGAGCAUGUGCCAGAUGAAGUCAUUAAGAACGCUAGACAUUUCACAUAAUCAAGUUAGAUCAUUACCAAGGAAAUUCUGCAAUAUCAAGACACUAGAGAGCUUAACACUGGAUGUAGUUCACAUGACCUACCCAUCACCUGAUAUAUGUCAAGAUGGAACAGAAAAUAUUAUGAAAUAUAUGUGUGCAGAAAAUGGUAUUGAGUACUCCCCACCGUCUAAACACCUCUUACCGGUGUUGAACACAUACACAAGUGCAUCAGAAACAUCAGUUUCCGCUCUACAAGCCUUGCAGCAUGAAGAGGAUCAACUGAACAGCUCUGUUCUUAAAUACGAGACCAAGAAAAACCAGAAGCAGAAUGACUUUGCCAGGUUGGAACAAGAACUAGCCCAGUUAGAGGCCCAGCAGGCCCAAAUUGCCGAGUCCUCAAACAGGAACAGGGCUCUCUUACUACAAUCAUUAGCAAGGGAACAAGCAGAGAGUGACUCAAACAUCAGGAAUAUCCAGGAGAAAUCAGAAUGUGAAAGAAGACAGAUGAUAUCAUCAUUACAGGAAGUUGAACACAGAUCAGCAGACCUCAUCCAACAGCUACUGGAAAUGAAUGAAAAGGCCAAAAAGAAAGAAGCAUUCCUAGAUGAGAUGGAGAGGAAAAUGAUGGAAGAUGAGGAGAUGUUCAAGAUUCAAGAGGAGGAGAGGAAGUUAGUCAGAGAACAUGAUGUACUCAUAUCAAUGGAAGGAAUCCUCAGGGAAAGACACGCCCUGGAAUCAAAGAGAUUGAAAUAUGAAGAGCAUAGGGACAGUGUUACCAAACAAGCAAUGGAAUUGGAUGAAUUAGAAAUGAACAAGCUAGGAGACCAACUCAGCUCCAUCAAGCAUAACCGAGACGAGAUCUUCAAAGAACUUAUGCAAGAAGAAGAAUUCCAACGGCAAGCCUUUCAGACUCUCCUUAUCAACAAAGAUACCAGGCAUAAGAGACUUUCAGAAACGAUCUAUAUGAUCCAGCAGCAGCUGGCCGAGGUCACAAUGGCCGAGAUCGAGAAGCGUAACAUGAAGGCCGAUUCGGCCUCGUUGGCCUUGGAGCAGAAACGAGAAGACCUUGCGGCCUUGCUCAAACAGCUUAUGAUGCAGAGGGAGGAGCGGGAGGAAGCCCUCAAACAAAGAAUGCUGGAGAUGGAGGAGCUAAGAGAAAGGACAGAACAGGACUACUGGUUGGUACAAUAUCAGAGGCUGUUGGAUAAGAAACCACAAUCACUCAUUGAUCAGGAACACAAUCUUGAACUUGCUGUGGUUGAUAUCUUACAAGAGGCUGGUGCAGAAGACUACAUCCCUAAAUUUGCAAGGCAUCGUGUUUCCAUAGAAACCAUGAUGCAGAUGGGAAUGGAAGAGUUGAGAGAGAUUGGAGUCCACGAGGUCGGUCUCCGCAAGGCCAUCUUGACUGCCGUCCAAGGCUACGUCCAAGCCCAGACCAGAGCGAUGGAGAAAGCAGCCGCCAUCGAGAGACCGACAGAACCCUCCGCCCCACCCAUGGAGGACGGUAGCAGUAAGGGUAAGAAGGGCAAGGAGGAGGAGGAGAUGGGUGCGGCUGCAUCAUCGAGACCGGUAGAGGCGGUGGAAGCACCGGAAGGGUACACCCCUGAUGUCACAGUGAGGGUCACAACAGAGUGUGUUAUUUGCAUGGAGAAAGACUCCGAUAUGCUGUUUUUGAUGUGUGGUCAUAUCUGCUGCUGUGUCAAAUGCUCUCAACCACUGUUCAAGUGCCCCCUGUGUCGUGGGGACAUCACCUCAAAGAUCAUUGUAGGAAACUCGCCAGUUGGAUGAAAUUGGUUGGAUUCUGGUUAUAGCAAAUCAUAUAUUUUUCAUCUCUGUUUUUCUUUCCUGUGAAAAAAUUGCCCCGUCAUUUUUAUGUAUAGGAAUUAAUAUUUCAUGUGACUUUGAACAAAGGAGGCGCGAUAGCUCAGUCGGUAGAGUGGGGGAUUCGUAUUCCGGUGACCCGGGUUCGAUUCCCACUUGGUGCG